UUUACUUCCAAUUUCACCGUAAAGAACAAUUAUUUAAAGGGAAACGAAAUCUAAGUAAAAAUACCAUGUGCACAGUAUUACUAAGGUGGAAAAUUUCCAAAACAAAACGUGUUUGACUGGGUAACCACUCACCACUCACCCCAUUCCCACCAUAAAAAGAAAAUAUUAAAACUUUGAAACACAGAAAGACGCGUUUCUUUGAAAUUUAACACACCCUCCAACCCUUCAAACCAGAAGCAUUCAUAAUUCAUAGCAGCCACUGGCACCGCUCUUCAUCUUCACCAGCCCAACAUGGCCACAAUCCAGUGCGCCACAACCACCCUAAUACUGUUACUCCUCCUCCUCCUCAUCAUACCAAGAUCCAAUUCCCAACAAGAGUACGUAAACAACAAGCAACUAGACUGCAACAACGAAUACAACUCCACAAAGGGUAACCUCUGCAACAGUCUCCCGUCAUGCACCUCCUACCUCACCUUCAAGUCCUCCCCGCCGGAAUACACCACCCCCGCCGCCAUCUCCUUCCUCCUCAACUCCACUCCGGCCCUCAUCGCCGCCGCCAACAACAUCACCGACGUCCAGACCCUCCCGGCCGACACCCUCGUCACCGUCCCCGUCAACUGCUCCUGCUCCGGCCCCUACUACCAGCACAACGCCUCCUACACCAUCAAAGUCCAAGGCGAAACCUACUUCUCCAUCGCCAACAACACCUACCAGGCCCUCACCACGUGUCAGGCCCUCGAGCUUCAAAACACCGUCGGCAUGCGCGACCUCCUCAAGGGUCAGAACCUCCACGUGCCUCUCAGGUGCGCGUGUCCCACGCAGAAGCAGCGCGAGGCAGGGUUCAAGUACUUGCUCACUUACUUGGUUUCUCAAGGAGAAUCGGUUUCCGCCAUUGGAGAUAUCUUCGGUGUCGACGAACAGAGCAUUCUCGACGCCAACGAGCUUUCUACUUCUUCCGUUAUUUUCUACUUCACGCCGAUUUCGGUUCCUUUGAAAACAGAGCCACCGGUUACAAUACCGAGAGCAGCGAUUCCCCCGGAGGAUUCCCCGUCGCCGCCGCUGCCGCCUGCUCCGGCGGGGGACGGAGAUUCCGACUCUUCCAAGAAAUGGGUCAUUGUCGGAAUCGUGGUUGGGGUUGUUGUGUUGCUUAUUUUAGGUGCUGCUCUGUUUUACCUCUGUUUCUAUCGGCGGCGGCGGCGGGUGGAACACCCUCCGCCGCCGCCUUCAGCGAAGGCUUUCUCGGGCUCUACCACCACGAAGGCGACUAUUCCGACGACGCAGUCGUGGUCUCUUUCCUCGGAAGGGGUUCGUUACGCGAUUGAAUCGUUGAGUGUGUACAAGUUCGAGGAGUUGCAGAAGGCUACGGGGUUCUUCGGCGAAGAGAACAAGAUCAAGGGUUCUGUUUAUAGGGCUUCUUUCAAGGGUGAUUAUGCCGCGGUGAAGAUUCUCAAAGGUGAUGUGUCGGGUGAGAUUAACCUUCUCAGGAGGAUUAACCACUUCAACAUUAUAAGGUUGUCGGGUUUCUGUGUCUACAAAGGUGACACCUAUCUUGUGUACGAGUUCGCGGAGAAUGAUUCUCUUGAGGAUUGGCUUCACAGUGGUAGCAAGAAGUACGAGAAUUCUACAUCUCUGAGUUGGGUGCAGAGGGUUCAUAUUGCUCAUGAUGUUGCUGACGCACUUAACUACCUUCAUAACUAUACUAGUCCUCCUCACGUACACAAGAAUUUGAAGAGUGGGAACGUGCUUUUGGAUGGCAAUUUUAGGGCUAAAGUUUCGAAUUUGGGAUUGGCAAGAGCUGUGGAGGAUCACGGGGAUGAUGGGGGGUUUCAAUUGACAAGGCAUGUGGUGGGGACUCAUGGGUACAUGGCACCUGAGUACAUUGAGAAUGGUUUGAUUACUCCAAAGAUGGAUGUUUUUGCGUUUGGGGUUGUGCUUUUGGAGCUUCUUUCGGGGAGAGAAGCUGUUGUUGGUGGAGACCAGAAUGGAUCUGGGGAGAAGAUGCUGUCGGCAACUGUGAAUCACGUGCUUGAAGGAGAGAAUGUUAGAGAGAAACUUAGAGGUUUCAUGGAUCCAAAUUUGAGAGAUGAAUAUCCCUUGGAACUGGCUUAUUCCAUGGCCGAACUUGCCAAACUCUGUGUUGCUCGUGACCUCAAUGCAAGGCCACAGAUUUCUGAAGCUUUCAUGAUUUUGUCUAAGAUUCAAUCCUCCACGUUGGAUUGGGAUCCGUCUGACGAGCUUGAACGGUCUAGAUCUGUUGGCCAAAUCUCUGAUAGCAGCAGAUAGAUAGAUGAUGAGCUUGGCAUUAUGGUAUUUCUCAAUUGCUUCGAUGGAAUAAGAGAUUCUUUUUUAAUCUUGUAACUGCUGAGUUUUCUUUUGGCCUCUUUUUUAAUCCUCUACUACAAAUUAAAGUCCACACUUACACAUGUAAACAUGUUAUUCUUUAAGAAAAGUAGUGAUCCUAAAACUGAUAUUGCAUCAUUCGUGAAUGAUAUCAAAUGCAAUUACUGAAAAUAAUUCGGCUAGGCCUAGAUGCUAGGAUUUCAACUUGUAUGCUUUCUACUUUUCGUGUACAAUUCUUUUGAUGUUUUACUUCAGUGUAAUGUAAUAACCUGUGAAAUGAAAUAGUGGAAGAUGAACUUUAGCCAAUAUAAAGGUUGCGAGUAAA